AUGAGGGUGUUGUCCAAGUCACAUGCCGCCUUUGGUGCAAUUCCAAUCGCAUCGAUUGUAGCCUUGGCGUUGGCGAUCCGCAGCCAUGGCCAGAAGAAGGCAAACGCAUCCAUUUCCAUAGACUCGGAAUUUAUCACCAAGAAACAAGGCAGUCGUGAGACGGUGGCAGUAAACAAAGAGUUUUAUCAGCGUUUUUUACGACUAUUUAAGGUCAUUGUGCCCGGCCCUUUCACAGCUGAAGUGGCUUUUGCUGCUCUUGUAGCCGUCAUGCUUAUGGCUCGCACCUCCUUUGACAUCGUGGUAUUACAAACCUUCUCGGCGAUUGAGAGUGCUAUUAUCUCGCGUUCUCAGAAAGAUCUCAUGUGUCAUUUACGUCGUUUCGUAGCUAUAAUGCUUCCUAUGAGUUGUGUUAACAGCUUACUAAAAUACGGGCACACUGAGCUCAGUCUGCGUUUCCGAACCCGACUCACAAGACAUUUGUACGAACAAUACGUUAAAGGAUUUGUCUACUACAAAGUGUCGAACCUUGACAACCGUAUCUCGAACGCCGAUCAGUUGCUUACAGUGGACGUUGAACGUUUCAGCAAUUCGGUGGCGGAUUUGUAUUCAAACAUGUCGAAGCCUAUAUUGGAUAUUACCAUUUAUUUCAUUAGACUCUCUUCUUCUAUUGGUGUUGAAGGUCCAGUCAUCAUGUUGACUUACCUUAUUGCGUCAGGCUUCUUCCUUACGUGGCUCCGACAACCAACUAGUCGAUUUACCAUUGCUGAGCAGCAGAUGGAAGGAAAUUUUCGCUAUAUCAACUCGAGAUUAAUCACGCAUAGUGAAGAAAUUGCUUUCUAUAAUGGCAAUAUUCGGGAGAAACGAAUUUUAGACCAGUCGUUUGACAAGCUUAUCGACGUGGUGCGCAGCUCGCAGCAAUUUCGAUUCUCUAUAAGCGUCAUUGACAAUAUCGUUGCUAAGUAUUUCGCAACACUAGUAGGUUAUGCUGUGCUUUCGAAACCAUAUUUAGACUCGUCAAACAAGCGAUUGCUUAAUACUUCGUAUGCAGAGCGAAUGCAAGACUACUUUCGAUCUGGAAAGAUGUUAAUGAAAAUGUCAGAAGCUAUGGGUCGUCUUGUGCUCUCGGGUCGAGAAUUGACGCGUUUAGCUGGUUUUACUGCUCGCGUGACUGAAUUGAUCGACGUGUUAAAAGAUUUAGAUAGAGGUGAAUACCAGCGUACAAUGCUCAAAGGUAUAGACGAGAGAGUUGAUGAAGUGUCUAAGACGCAGUCGAUUUCCGCUGAUGCACUAGGUUUGUAUCCGAACAAAGGAGAUGUCCAGUAUCGUGAUCAUGUCAUUGAAUUUGAAAACGUCCCGCUUGUUACUCCAAAUGGUGAUGUGCUAGUGCCAUCACUUAAUAUCAAAGUAAAGUCGGGGAUGAAUGUUGUUGUAGCGGGACCAAAUGGGUGUGGCAAGAGCUCGUUAUUUCGGAUCCUCGGAGAAUUGUGGCCAUUGUUUGGCGGCAAAAUGACAAAACCAAAGCGCAACGGAUUGUUUUACAUCCCUCAGCGCCCGUAUCUGACGCUUGGCACUCUACGCGAUCAGAUAAUUUAUCCUCAUUCUUUUCAAGACAUGCAGAACAUUAGUAGAACAGACGAUGAUUUAAAAUUCUUUUUGGAAAAAGUGCAACUUGGCCACCUUGUCGAUCGUGAAGGUGGAUGGGACGGUAUACACGAUUGGGCUGAUGUUUUAUCCGGUGGUGAGAAACAGCGCUUGGCUAUGGCUCGUUUGUUCUACCACAAGCCUCAAUUUGCUAUUUUAGAUGAGUGCACAUCUGCAGUCAGUGUUGAUAUUGAAGGCGUAAUGUACAGCUAUUGCCGGGAACAAAAUAUUACGCUCUUCACUGUGUCGCACCGAAAAUCGUUGUGGUCAUACCACGAAUAUGUACUUCAUUUCGAUGGUCGUGGUCACUACGAAUUUAAAAUGAUAGACAAGACCGACGAAGCAUUUGGCUCGUAA